CUCAGACGCAGCUUAUGUGUUUGGUUAGCGGAUCAGCAGUGAAACUGGGCUCAAAUAACACCCCUCCUCCUUCUCCAUGAUCCUCCCUCAGCCAGAAACGUGUGCCUGGGGCUCUCCCCCUUAGAAAUCUCUCCGUGCAAGUUGGAUGGUCUGAGCCGUACAUGCAAAUGACUGCAAAGCCUGAGAUGCUCUGAGUUUUCUCACACGCAGGAAAAGAUCUGGAGAUCUCUCGCUUAUCUUUGUGUGCCGCUGAGGGAGGGGAGGAGGGGAGAGCAUGGAUCCUGUUUUCCACCCUUCCCUCUGGGAAGACUUCUAUGUGAACAAACUGCUGGGCAACGCCUCCCUGCUGAACUUCACCUUCGAGCCUGAUUACCGCCUCUUCAACGAGACCCAGGACACGUUCCUCCCCCUGGGCAUCAAAGUGACCAUUGUGGUGGUCUACCUGAUCGUGUGUGUUGUUGGACUGGUGGGCAACCUAUUGGUCAUGUACGUGAUUAUCAGAUACACCAAAAUGAAGACAGCCACAAAUAUUUAUAUCUUUAACCUGGCUCUGGCUGAUGCCCUGGUCCUCCUCACCUUGCCCUUCCAAGGCACAGACAUGUUCCUGGGCUUCUGGCCCUUUGGGAACAUGCUCUGCAAGAUCGUCAUCUCCAUCGACUACUACAACAUGUUCACCAGCACCUUCACCCUGACCAUGAUGAGCGUGGACCGCUACAUCGCCAUCUGCCACCCCGUCAAGGCACUGGAUAUCCGGACGCCCAACAAGGCCAAGGUGGUCAACAUCUGCAUCUGGGCCUUGGCCUCCGUCAUCGGCAUCCCAGUCAUGGUGAUGGGGUCAGCGGAGAUGGAAAACAAUGAGAUCGAGUGCUUAGUCCAAAUCCCAGUGCCAGAAAAUUACUGGUCUCCAGUCUUUGGGAUCUGCGUCUUUCUCUUCUCCUUCGUGAUCCCCGUCUUCAUCAUCACCAUCUGCUACAGCCUGAUGAUCCGACGCUUAAAGAAUGUGCGGGUCCUGUCGGGCUCCAAGGAGAAGGACCGGAACCUCCGCCGCAUCACCCGCAUGGUCCUCGUGGUGGUGGCCGUGUUCGUCAUCUGCUGGACCCCGAUCCAGAUCUUCGUGCUGGUCCAGUGCCUGGGCACUCAGCCGGACAGCGAGGUCAAGGUCGUCAUCCUCCACUUCUGCAUCGUCCUGGGCUACGCCAACAGCAGCCUGAACCCUGUCCUCUACGCCUUCCUCGAUGAGAACUUCAAGACCUGCUUCAAGAAAUUCUGCUUCCCUUCCGCCUUCCGGCCUGAAUUGCAAAUGUCCAACCGGAUGUGCAGCAUUGCCAAGGAUGUGGCUUAUGCCUGCAAGACCUCAGAUGGGACGAACAACCCCGCAUGACUAGGCAUGGAACUGCCGGUGAUCCCGGCCAGCCCACAGAGCCCCACGACCCCGAACACGGAACUCACUCAGGUCACGGCGCUCUAGUCUGGGGUAAGAUCAGGCUCCAGGUUGGAAGAAUGCGGGAAAGGUUGUCUGCGGAGGGGGCAUUUGGAGAAUUGCCACUUUCUAACCACGAAGCCCUGAGGGGUUCAAGUGCUAGAGCAAAGAUUCUGCUCCAGGGAUCUCUUUUGCCUCCAGGGUGGACCUAGGAUCCGUCACUAGAAGGUCUUCUGAAAUUAGACCUCACUGAAGCCAAAGGAAAGGACUGCAAUUGAACAAAGUACACAGAAUAAAGGAUCGUUUCUGAUAUUAUUCAUAGCAGGAAAAAGUAAAUCGCUAAGGAGUGCAGCUAGCUGAGACAGUCUAGUGAGUUCUCUGCAAUGUGAUGCUGAUUCACAUAAGCCUCGAUGAACAUCCACAAGUAGGCACACUAAGGUGUACACAGACACACACAAACAUAAAAACUUUCACGCAUGCUCUAAUGCACACAAACACACACGCACAUACAAGGACUUUCAUGAAUACACAUGCACACCCACGAACACUUUCAAAUUUUACCUUUCAAACAUGGAGGAGUCAAAAUCCCGUGUCUCAGGAUGACGAUAACAGGAGCUCACGAGAUGUGAUAAAAGGAAUUUUAUGUCAGCAGAAAUAUUCUUUGAACCAAAAUACACUUGAAAAAGCAGUUUGCUUUUACAAAUAUUUUCAUUAUAAUAAUGAAUGAUUCUGCCAUGUAUAUAGAAUAACAUUCUUUGUCUGUAUAUACGCCCACUGACACUUGUAUCCUCCCCCCUCCAGGCAUGUAGAAAAGGCUUGGUGGGGUUUGGUUCAAGGGUCAAGGAAGAGCUGCUCUGGAAUGCCACUGGCUCUGAAGACGUGGCACCCCUUCAUGAAAUUCCAGGUUGGAGCUCUUUCCCCCUGCAGCAUCUUGUAAAAUUGACUCCUAAUUCUUGGCACAGGGAGUUUGGGUGGGACCUAAAGAUGAGCAAAGGCUAGAAAGUGCUAAUGGGAGGUGGUGAUUGAGCACUUUCCGUUUUCAUUCCAGUUCUGGUUUAAAGUUUGCUGAGCCCCUGGUCUUCAUCAAAUCAGUUCAUCAAGCUGGUCCAACAGGAAGAAGAGUCACUAUGAAUAUUAGGAGCCCUUACCUCUUAACCUUGGCUCUGCCCAAGAGAGAAGCCUGGUUUGUUAUUACAAGACCAUAGGGGUGGGAGAUGGACUUUUGGAAUGUGGAAGAAAGGAAUUGGUAUCACCAUAGGAUGGGAGAAGAAAUCCAAAGAAAGCAUGUCUCCUGGAGGACUGUAAAGAUUUCAUGUCGUUAGCCUUUCUGCAUGACUCGAAGUGACUUUUUUAAUGUACUGAUUCACUGAUAUUUUAAUACUGUACCUUUGAAAACCCUUGAUUAUGUGCGUAUGGAUGAAGAAAACCUCAGUUGGAUUUUAAGUUGUCUCUGGGUGGAGCUUGAUGUACAUCGUCAAUUGCUUUAGGAUGGGAAUGCAUUCUGUCAAAUCUGACAAGAGAUGGGGAACAAAUGGUUACGACUUGUUCUGGGAUUCAGGAAGGUUUUUAUAACCAAAAGAUUUUAUCAUGAAAUCAAUGAAGAUCAUGAAUUUCAUACUCAGCAAUGGGAAAGGACAGAGGUAGAAUUUUUUUUAAAUCAACAACCAAUAAACAUGUACUAAUGACAUCAACUAUCACAGCAUCUCAUAUAUGAAAUAUGUGCUGCUCCUAGUUGGAAUAGGAGUUUGAGAACAUCAACACCUCCUUAAAGAGGAGGAAAAUUUGCCAGAAAUUCAGCUAAAGAGCUGAAUUUCUGGUUCCGUUGUCAUCUCUUUUUAAAGCUAUUAGUCACAGGCAUCUAAGAUGAAGAAGUGAUUGUCUUUGUGCCCUUCCUAGAUCAGUAAAUCAGGGCACAAUCCCAAUCGAUGUGAAACGUGCUCCCAAAGUUCCCUUUGAAAUUAGUACUGUUAUUGAUAAAAGAGCCUCCAUGACAUCUUCGAGGUAUGAACUGGACUUCAAAAUGUUUUACAGCAAAUACUGAGCCAUCAUUUAUCAGAGUCUUUAUUCAGUUUGAGGAAACAUUACCCAAGCACCAAUCUAAUGAAAUGGAGGUAAGAUGCCAUCAGAAAGUGUGGCGUAAUGAGUGUCUCCCCAACCCCCAACCCUACACACAACUCAGUUUACUGUCUUCCUUCUAAGCUUUUUGAUCAUUUUUGGCAUCUCUAGACACUGAUCAUUUGGAUUUCUGCUGGACGACCUUUGUUACAAAUGGAACAAAAAUAUAAAAAUGUCCUAUUGUAUGGUGCCUAGCAGAGUGUAGAACAACAACUGAUUAUUUUGAACAAAAACUCUUUCAAGACAUUCUCACCUGUUGUAUGACUGAGCUUGUUAUUACUGCGGUGAGAAUCCAAUACCCAUUUUUGGAUGGCUACUUGUGCUUUUAUAAAGAGAAAAUGCAGUUCUGUACUUUUCAGAAUCCAAAAUAUAAUGACAUUGCUGUGUAAUCUUGCAAGCUCUUUAGGUUAAGUUAUUCUGGUACCUGAACUAUCGAAGUCACUGAAAAUUAGUAGAUAUCUCCCUGUCCUCUACUAAACCUCAGUCUUCAGUCUCCAUAUCGGUUUGGAAAAAAUGUCUUAAUAAAGUGCAGAAUAUGGGUAAGUGGAUGAUAUCCUCAAUUCAUAUUAUUCAGUCAUUAAAUAAAGCUGAUAGUAGGAAGUAUUCCUCUUCUAUGGCACUACAGUCCUGGGUGGUGGGUGAAUUUCCAACCUACUAGUCAUAGUAUCUUUUACUACUAAAAUGCAGUUAAUCCCAGUCCUUAUAUGGAGCCAUUCUGGCGCCGUUGCCUUCAAUGUAAUUGCUCUCUAUGUGGGUGGAAUUUGAAAUACUUGUGAGUUGAAACAGAUGGAUCAUUUGUUGACAUGAGUAAUAAACAUAUAUUUAUCUGUUCAUGACAGCUUGAUCAAUGUGGCAAUCACUAAACUCAAAUGUGUAGAUGGUUCUCUGCCUUAGCUCUCCCAUUAGCAUAUAUGAAUGGAAGAAAUGCAUUCUCUAUUCCUCAGACCAAAUUUCAUAGCAUGUCAGUGAAUUUGCUAAUGCUGCUCCUUUGCAGUCAAAACAGUAUUAGCGUUGAUAACUGGCAACAAGGUUUUGGUUUCCUUGACUGUUUGUCCUUCUCACUGUUAGAGUAAAUUGAUCAAACUUCCAUUUCUGAUUUUGAACAGAUGGAGGCAGCAGGGAUUCAGAAAGUAAAAUAAUUUAACCUGGAUGUCUUCAACCCGAGCUUCCUAUGUUGUCUAUAACAUUUAAAAAUUUAAAAUAUUUCUUUCUUUCCAGGACCAUUUGUUGUGUAUUAUCCUUUAAAGAUAGAAGUUGAAUGAGAGUUUGACAUUUGGUCAUAUUUGAAGAAGAACACAGAAAGUUUGGAUAACUACUGCUUAUUGGUGGUAAUGAAAAUAUUUUCCUGGAAAGAGCUAAA